AUCCUUAUAGCAGGACUAUCUAGAAGCCUAAAUAACACUUUAGAUAUCAGACCUAGUGGACUCUGCUCUGGAUUUCUCCUCUACAAAAAAAAUAUCUCUCUCCACCUUUCUGGAUCCUCAGUUUUACGAUGGGUUUCGGCUUGAGGCCACGAUUUCUGAUUCAUAUUCUUGUCAUCUCUCUUACAGCGUCUAGCAUCAUCAAUGUCGCCCAGGGUCAAUCCACAGCAGACGAGUACCUCACUCCGCACAAUGAUGCCCGAGCUGGGCUGAAUCAAGGCAUACCGAGCCUGACCUGGGACACCACGCUGGAAUCGUAUGCUACUGACUGGGCCGCCACCAGAGCAUCUGCUGGUGACGACUGCGCUCUCAUACACUCUGGAGGACCUUACGGGGAGAACAUCUACUGGUCCAGUGGACCGAGUAUCCCAGCGGAUGCAGUGCAGGCCUGGGUCAGCGAGGAGGCAUAUUACGACUACGCAACAAAUUCGUGCUCGGCCCCAGAGGGCGAGUCAUGCGGUCAUUACACGCAGGUCGUGUGGAGGGACACAGCGGCGCUGGGAUGCGGGUCGGCCACUUGUCCCUCUGGUGCCUUGUUCGUCGUUUGCAGCUACGACCCCCCGGGAAACGUUGUCGGUCAGCUUCCUUACUAGACUUCCUCUACGAAUAGCUGCGGCCGUCGAGCGACUCCGAGUUUCAUCUUUGCUGAAGUGGUAGACAUAUAGUACUGUAAUCUCGGUACAUUCAUCACAUGUACAUCAGUGGGCAGGGAUGAGAAUUUCAUAGGAGGGCACUCCAUUUCUCCCUGCCGUGAGGAUGACAGAGAGUGCAGUAAGGAUCGUGUUUCUGAAUACAGGGCAUUGUAAUUGCUUCUACGCUUGCAUAGUACUGAUGAGAUUUUAAGUUGGUAUAGAUUAGU